AUGCUGAAGAUCGCCGUUGCCCUGUGCCUUGUUGCCUCCGCCCUCUGCGCUAAGUGCGAGUCGCCAAAGUUUUCGUAUUCGUCGUUCUCGACCAUCGACGGAUUCUUCCACUACAAGACGACCUUCAUCACCGAAUUCACCCUUCAGUGCAGCAACAGCCCGAAGGUAAACUCAAUAAAUACUACUUAGUUGAAAAAAUUUCCAAUAUCUUGUUUUCCAGAACAUCCAGUACACUGCUGAGGUUAACGGACGGUUGAUCCCAGUGUCUACCUCUGAUGAGACCGCCAAGUACCAGAUCUCGUGGACCCUCGAUCACUCUGACGCUACCGCUCAGACUUUCGACAUCAACAUUUUCGACGAGGAGGGACUCGCCCAGUACACCAAGAACCCAUCAACCAAGCCACUCUUCACCGCUCAACUCAACCACCUUGUGAGAUUCCAUUUUCCACGUUCCAUUCUUUAUUUUGCUGUUUUAGGGAAUCGCCAGCAAGUCCCCAGUCUCCUCGGAGACCGUCGCUAUCAUCCUCGCCGUCAUCGGUCUCUACUACGCCAUCCGCCAGAAGUCCGAGCUCGUCCACUAA